AUGCCACGGACUACGAGGCUACACCCGGGAUCGUGGGACUCCCACGUCCACGUUGUUGACGAGGAGAACUUCCCCUUCAGCCCAAAUAGACCGUUUACGCCCAAGAAAGCCACCGUCCAUGACCUUCUCAAGUUCGAGGAGAAUCUCGGGAUUGACCAUGCCGUCAUCGUAGCGGCGUCUAUCUACGGCGACGACAACCGCAGCAUCAUCGACGCCCUCAAUCGAAUGAAAGGCAAAGGCAGAGGAGUGGCCUGCAUCCACCCCGACACAGUGACCGAGGACCAGCUCGACGAGUUGCACCGCGCCGGCGUGGUCGGAGUCCGCCUCAAUCUGUGGAGCUUCGGCGCAACCCCAGACAAGGCGUCACUCAAAUCCACUCUCCAAGCAUACGCGGACAAGAUCCGCGGCCGCGGCUGGGUCUUGCAGGUUUUCGGGACGAUGAACCAGUACCCCGAUAUCCUAUCUCUCACACCGGAUCUGGGAGUGGACGUCGUCAUCGAUCAUCUGGGAUACCCGGACCCGCAGAACCCGGCGCUCGACCCGGCCGGGCGGGAAGCUAUUUUGGAAGCGCUGCGAUCUGGGAAUACGUGGGUGAAGUUGAGCGGGACGUAUCGGUUUCCGACGACUCCGGGUCUGGAUGAGUAUGUGAAGGAGGUGCUGAAGACAGCGCCGGACAAGAUUGUCUGGGCGAGCGAUUGGCCGCAUGUUGGAGGUCCUCAUAAGAAUCCAGGGGGUGAUAGACUUCAGCAUCAGGAGUUCAUGACGCCCGAUAUUCCUGGCUUUCUUGACCAGUGUAUUGAGUGGUGUGCUGGAGAUGAUGAACUCAUCCGGAAGAUCUGGGUCACCAAUCCACGUCGUCUUUGGAAGUAUGAAGGCAAAGACUGGCAGGGUUGA